AUGACAUAUCCGUUUCUGUUCAGCCAGGAAAAACAGAAAUGGGAUGAAGAUGACUUUGAGGGUGAGAUGGAGGAAGAUUAUGAUGACGAUCUAGGUGAUGAAGGGCUGCCGUCGGGCCGUGAGGCCGUCACCCCAGGCAGAGGCAUCCUCCUCUUAUCCCACCGCCACUUACACCCUCACUCCCAGCUGCUAAAGGCUCGGCCUGGUUCUGAGAGCGAACCGCGGCCACUGACUCACUCCGCUCAUUCAUCCCACGGGCCACUCCAUGGACAGGACCAUGCAGACUGGACCUAUGAGGAGCAGUUCAGACAGCUCUAUGAACUAGACAGCGACCCAAAGAGGAAGGAGUUCCUGGAUGAUCUGUUCAGCUUUAUGCAGAAGAGAGGGACGCCAGUGAACAGGAUUCCCAUCAUGGCCAAGCAGGUGCUGGACCUCUACAUGCUGUACCAGCUGGUGACAGAGAAGGGGGGGCUGGUGGAGGUCAUAAAUAAAAAGUUGUGGAGGGAGAUCACGAAGGGCCUGAACUUGCCGACCUCCAUCACCAGCGCUGCCUUCACUCUCAGAACACAGUAUAUGAAGUAUCUGUAUCCUUACGAAUGUGAGAAGAGGUGUCUCAGCAACCCCAACGAGCUGCAAGCGGCCAUCGACAGCAACCGGCGAGAGGGACGCAGACAUAGCUUUGGCAGCUCGCUCUUCACCUACUCACCCAACGGGACACCCACAAUGCUCACCUCUCCCAAACUCUCCAUGCCACCCAUGGGCAUCGCCCUGCCCAGCAACGGAGCCACGGUCUCAUCCUUACAUAAAAUUAAGAAAGAGGAUGACGGAGUUCAGGCCCGUCUGCCAGUGUCUCUGGCCACUCAUUCACUAGCUGCGGCCCAGGCUGCAGCUGCGCAGGCGGCCACCAUCGCACAAGUAGCUGCGCUGGAGCAGCUGCGGGACAAGCUAGAGUCCGGUGAGCCCCCAGAGAAGAAGAUUGCACUACCAAUGGAGGACCACCAGCGGCUACUGCAGAGAGUCCUUCAGCACAACCUGCUGGCCAUGACGGCACAGAUCCCCAUGAACAUCCGCAUCAACAACCAAGAAAGCAGGCAGGACUCCGCCAUGAACCUGAACACCAAUGGCCUAAACAGCAUCAGCAUGUCGUUGGAGCUCAACGGAGUCGUCUACACCGGUGUUCUCUUCGCCCAGGCUGCGGCGCCGACCUCAUCUAACAAAUCUUCUGCAGGCAACAGCGGGCCUCAAUCAAUUCACCACACACCUACCUCAUCCUCCUCCAACAAUCAAUCGCCUUAGCACCUCACACUCUUCCUCGGUGCAAAACCAAAGCCAAAAAACCUCAGUUACUACACAAGAUAUGCCAAAAAAAACAGUGCAGGAAUAACUGAAUCGUUCUCAACUUGAAGUACACUAGCUCAGGUCUUUUAUUUACACUCUCCUUUGUUCAGGAGUCAAAGAAAAUCUAAAAUAACAACAAGAGUUUAUUAUAAAGAUAAUGAUGUAUAUGCAAAACCUGUGAAUAAUUUAUUUCUCUUUCUGUGAGCACACUGUCUGGCGUUAACAAGGCAGUAGGAUUCUGCUUUUUAGGGUUUUAUAGUCUCUGUCUGACAAAAGCUUUUCGUCUAAACCAUAACAAUAGUAUUAUUGUUAUAACGUGUGAUGCAAACAGCUUAAGGGUCUGAACUAGUAAUAUAUUGUAGAUUUUAUUUUCUCUGUGUAUGUAUCUGCAGUGCCUUGUGAAGGUUUUUCCUUAGCACAGUUUGAAAGUGCUGUUGACAGACCAACGUCUUCAGCACGAACACAAUACAAAGUGCGAUAUUGUCAGAAGUUGCUUUUGUGAGUAUUCAACCGUUUGGUUUCCUAACUCAGAGCUUCAUAUCACAGUCAGUGAAGAUUCAGGAUAGUUCAGCCAAAAAAUCAAAACAGCCUCAAGUUGUUUCAGACCUGUAUGAACAGAAGAUCAACAUCUUCUUUUGUUUCCAACAGAAGAAAUGAAUACAAGUUUGGAGGGUGAGUAAAUGACAGAAUGUUCAUUUUUGGGUGAGCUGUCUCUUUAAGGAGCUGAUUCACACAUUCAUUUGUAGCCUGUUUGCAUCUUCACGACUGCUGGCAAACUCUGGAGGUCACGUUCUCCAUGAGCCUCGCAAAAGUUGCUGAGGUAUUGCCGAGUCCGUAUGUUCCUGGACCUGCCAAGACCCACAAACGUAUUUUGGCCAAUAGUUGCUCUAAAAUACAAGUGGAAAGAGAUCAGCAGUUUGGCUGAAAAUAAUUGCAGUUUGACUCCAAGCAUGACAGUGUAAUAGGUUCAUUUUAAGAUCUGAAUACUACACUAACUGGAGAUCUUUAGUUUGCCGUUUUAGCUUAAUCGAAUGCAGUUUUGAGGGGUCCAACGAUGCAGCCGUUUCUGGUUAUGUACAGCGCAAAUCAGAGGAAAUUCUAAUUACAAUGGCAUGUUUCGAAAGUGUCUUGAGAAAAAUGAAAUAUUCUCUUCUGAAGGGAUUUGAAGGAUGUGGCUUCGUGUGUUUAACAGCUCAAACCCUUCGAGGUUGUUUU